AUGGUAAUGUCCUACGUGAGUCCAGCUGAAGACCUGGAGCUCGUGACAGUGCCUCCUAUGGGCUCUUGGCUCCAGACCUUCCCUUGCCUCACUCUGAUCCUGCUUCUCUGGAGCUGCCAGCUCCAGGGCCACGAGUUCCGCUUCGGGCCGUGCCAAGUGGAGGGAGUCGCUCUCCCAAGACUGUGGGAGGCCUUCCAGACCAUGAAGGACACCGUGCAAGCGCAGGAUAACAUCACGAGUGUCCGGCUGCUGCGGAGAGAAGUCCUGCAGAAUGUCUCGGGUGCUGAGAGCUGUCACCUCACCCAUGACCUGCUGAAGUUCUACUUGAACACUGUUUUCAAGAACUACCACAGCAAAAUCGCUGAAUUAAAAAUGCUGCCCUCCCUCUCUUCAUUGGCCAACAACUUUCUUUUCAUCGUGUCAAAACUUCAACCCAGUAACCAUGAAUCGCUCUCUGUCAGUGACAGCGCACACAGGCGGUUCCUGCUGUUCAAGAGAGCUUUCAAACAGUUGGAGAUCGAAGCGGCUCUGACCAAAGCCUUUGGGGAAGUGGACAUUCUCCUGACCUGGAUGGGGAAAUUCUACCGGAUCUAAAUGCCUAGACCACACUCGCUCUCCC